UGCAUGACAGUCCGAAAAGGAGAAAAAAUGGCCAUAAGCAUUCAGGAGCAUAUGGCUAUUGAUGUCUGCCCAGGUCCUAUUAAACCUAUUAAACAAAUCUCUGAUUACUUCCCUCGUUUUCCUCGUGGUCUUCCUGCAGCUGUGAGCCGCAACAACUCUAUGCAUUCCACCAUCAGCCAGCCCUCUGUCACCCAGUCCGAGACUACAAAAGAGGAGGACGAUGUGGACAAAUUAUUUGGAGCUUAUGGAGCUGCAUCGGCUGCACCUACCAAACCCGAAGAGGAGACUGAAGCUGAAGGCUAUGAAUCUGAUGAUUCUACCACCCUGGGUACAUUAGAUUUCAGUUUGCUGUACGACCAAGAAAACAAUGCUCUCCAUUGCUCAAUAAAUAAAGCCAAGGGCCUCAAGUCAAUGGACCACAAUGGACUUGCUGAUCCCUAUGUCAAAUUGCAUUUGCUCCCUGGUGCCAGUAAGGCGAACAAACUAAGGACAAAGACCUUACGAAAUACUUUGAAUCCAGUCUGGAAUGAGACUCUUACUUACUAUGGAAUCACUGAUGAGGACAUGGUACGAAAGACAUUAAGAGUUUCAGUUUGUGAUGAAGAUAAAUUCCGUCAUAACGAGUUUAUUGGUGAGACCCGAAUUCCACUGAAAAAAUUAAAGCCAAAUCAAACGAAGAAUUUCAACAUUUGCCUGGAGAAACAACUGCCAAUAGAUAAAACAGAAGACAAGUCACUGGAGGAGCGUGGUCGGAUUCUCAUUUCUUUGAAGUAUAGCUCACAGAAAACUGGGCUUGUUGUUGGCAUUGCACGAUGUGCACACUUAGCAGCUAUGGAUGCAAAUGGCUACUCAGAUCCUUAUGUAAAAAUAUAUUUGAAGCCAGACGCUGACAAGAAAUCAAAGCAUAAGACAGCUGUCAAAAAGAAAACCCUUAAUCCAGAAUUUAAUGAGGAAUUUUUCUAUGAGAUCAAGCAAGCAGAUUUGGCUAAGAAAACUCUGGAAGUAACUGUUUGGGAUUACGACAUAGGAAAAUCAAAUGAUUUCAUUGGUGGGGUGACGCUUGGAAUUAACGCAAAAGGUGAACGUUUAAAACACUGGUUUGACUGUUUGAAGAGCAAGGACAAGAAAAUUGAGCGCUGGCACACUUUGACCAACGAACUGCCAGGGUCUAUUCUCAGCGACUGAUGCCAGGUGUCUAUUGCAAAUCUUGCUCUGCAACUUGGUGCAAGACAAGUAAGGUUCUGUCUGAGAGUAACUGCCACAGAAAGGUUGGGCCUUUUGCACUUUUCUUUUCAGAAACAAGUCUCUCUAGGCCUCUUCACAGAUACCUAACUUUGCCUGGUAAUCUUGUGGCUUACAUAUUGGCUUAUGUACAUGUUUACAUGCAUUUGUGUAUCUGAGCACUUGGGAUAAAUUUCAGAGGAGUCCCUUUGGAUGACUUUUUAUAAUUGGUUUAGCACCAGGAAUUAUCUGCUUUUGAUGACUGAUACUUUUAGCGACCCAGGCCAAGCAAAUUAUUUACUGUUUUUGAAGUAUUUAAAUUUUAAUAAGAUAAAAGAAAAGUAUCUAGAGUACUUAAAUAUAGCUUUCCUCUCUGCCACAGACAGAUGAACCAGUUCUAGAAGAAGUUGCACAAAGGAACGGAUCCUGUCUUACAUCUAGUCAUAUUUUGGAGUAAUAUAGUACUUUUGAUACAGUACUGAAGAAUGAUGGCCAUGAUAGUGGCCAGUUUUCCAUAAGUCACAAUUAAUGUAGUGAAAGAAAACAUAGCUUGUCAAUAUUCAGAAAAGAAGAUUCACAAGUCUAAAAUAAAGCUUUAAGAUAGCGCACUAAAUAAAUGUACAUGCUUCACAUGUUAAUUGCUUCCUUUUCAUCAUUGGAAUUGGAAGAGCAUGGUGUAAAAUGUCACUUUUCUGCAUUGGAGGCAUGGGUUUAAAUGGACAACAGGGAUUGAAUAAUUCAUUUUAGUCCUAAUGAACCAUGUCACUAUUAUUAGGACACCUCAAUAAAUCUUACAUCCAGUAGAAAUCUAUAAAACAAGACAGCUCUCAAUUAAUUGUGUUGUACUGCAAAUCCUGUGUUGAAUAUGAGAAGGUGAAAAAUGUUAGCAAAAUGCUUAACCAUCUGAAAAAUAAUUGAGUUCAUAUUUGUAGGACCCAGUGAAGGAGAGGGACUAAUUAACUAUUCCAUUUGAAAAACCACCACAGACUUGCUGGGAAAAUAAUCUUCGUCUAAGAUGUUUAUAUGAUCACUGGUCUGUGCUAUUCCCAAGCCAGAAGGUCCUCCUCCAUGUCUAGUGUAGAGCAGAGAAUAUCUCAAGCAGCAUAAUUUAACCAGUCUUUGUGUAUUUUCAUUAAAGAUCUGCACAGUGCCCAAUGACUAUUGCUAAAUAAUUCCAGCAGUACUUGUACAUUCAUAUACAGGCCACCUGGAAAAGUAGGAUGACCACAGCAUCCCAAAAGCUGCCUCAAUUUCACAAAAGCUGACAGGCCAAAAAAUAUACCAUAAAUAUAGAAAUAACAUUCAUAAAGUGUUUUUCACAUCCUCAAGCCCUCUCAUAACACUUUGCAACAAACAACUUGCUUUUGAACAGCAGCCGUUUUUGCUAUGAAGAUAUGAGGUUUAUUUUCAAAUCGAACCCUGGGGCACCUCAGAAAAUUUUAACUUUUGAUACUUUAUUUCUGCUACUUUGGCCCUUGCUCCGGUCUGCCUUGAAAACCAAAACUAAUUUCUCUCAAAAAUAUCACUGAUAUUUUAAGUGAGAAAAUAAAAGUCUUACUGGAGACUUUAGUCCAACUUUGUCGGAAGCAGUAAAUCUAGCUCCAGACUCAUCAUAUCAAUCUGUGAACUGACAUGUUUUAUAAUGCCACUUACAAUAAUUCCAAACAUUCGACAUGUGCAAGCUGGCUAUCCCAGCUCCCCUGUCCCCGACAGUAUUGCAGCCCAGUAGCAGAUGCCAAGUUAGAUGAAUUGCUGUUGUACUGAAUUAAUCAUUUGAAAUACCAACUUUCCAUUUCAAUAGUUACAGAACAGCUAAGUAGGAAAUGAAACAAACCCAUAUAACUAAGCCCUGAUAUCCAAUCACACAGAAGCAUGUACCUAUCAGACAUUAAUGCACAUGUUUCUCAGGUUACUCUUGUGUUUUAAUUUCCAAUAAAUGCAUACUGAAACUCCUACUUCAAAAGAAAAUUGUUCGAAUUCCUGAAUAACCAUAAUGUUGCUUCUUUGGAUGCAGCCUCUGAUUGUAGGUCCUGCAUUUAGUGGCAUUUAAUGACGGGAGAAAUGCCAGGGUGAACCAGAUUGCCUGGUCUUAUCAAGAUUCCACCCACACUCUCUGGUAUCUCUGACAUUUCCGCCUGAGAAAGACUGUGUGGAACUGUUGGGUUUUCCUUUCAAUCUGCUGCCCCUGCUUCAACUGGUGCUUCAACCAGUUCUAGAAAUAGAAGGAAAAUUUUGUGCAUUUUUGGUGAUUGGAUCGAUAAACUGUGGUGCCAAUUUUACACCUGGGUGACAUGAAUACAACCUAUCCCUCAUCCCUGUAGGAUUUGCCUCCUUAACAAGCCAGUUCUGCCCACUGAAUGAACACAUGCAACAAAGGGCUGAAAUUUAUCUUGUCUAAUGGCUUCAUGGAGUAGCACACAGUACCACAGUCCAUGCACUGACCUUGUGAGUCACCAUCUCCACUACAGCAGCCUUCACCUUUAGUUUCUUAUCCCCUCAGAGAGAUUUGGAAGUUAUUAAUCCCUUGUCCCUUAAACCCUGGAAAAUCCAUUGUGAGGAAUUGCCUUUUUGACACUGACUAAAGGCAUUCAGCAAUGUGUCACUUUUAUUUGUCCUCAUUUCUUUGCAUUUUCUGACUCUAACUGCUAGAUGCUCCCUGUACCCAUGACUUGUCCCUGAUGCAAUGUUUAAUUAAUGCAAGUUAGUGUAUCCAAAAGAACUCAUUGCUGUUUUCAUUCUGGCUCUUUUAAAUGUUGCUCCACUGCUGACCACAAAAUCCACCUAUACAAGUGCAGGCUAAUAAAUAAUAUAGACACAUUCCGAUAACUUGCUUUUGGGAUGGUUUGUAGCCUGGCAAUGAACAACUUUCAAUUGCUAUUACUUUUAUCACUUUCCUCCUCAAGAACUGCUGGUACCAAAUACAUUUUAGCCUUUUUGAUGAUAAAAUGCUGCAUUAAAGUUGAAAAUAAUUCACGGUAUCAGCCAAUUAAUGGUCUACAUCUGUGUCCCUUUCAAAUUAAAAUACAUUAACUUCACUGGCAGGUUUCUGAGUCCCAGUUCUUUUGUGAUGGUAAUUGAAUUUGAGAUUGGAGUAAUUUCCCCCAUCUUUCCUACUUGAAUGAAAAGGACACACAUCAAGUUAUUGGUCAGGAAGACUGUAAUCAUGUGCAUUGACUUUAAUUUAAGGAGAUUUCUGUUAUUUUACUGUUUGUGCAACAUCAAUAGCUGAUGCAAUCUUUGUCAUUAGAAAUGUAUGGCUAUUUAAUUAAAGUGCUAUGGUACAUACUGCUCAGUAUUUGAAGCUGACUAAACGUGUACAAGGUAAAACAUUAAAGAAUGUGAAAUUUCUGAGGGGUGGGGGUGUCUCAUUUAGAAAUCACAUCACAAAACCUUAAGUAUCAAUAACUAUAUUUAAAUAUUUGGACUUUUUUAAACUAUCUACUUAAUAAUAAAACCGUGUUGAAUGUGCAGAACUCAGUUUGAAAAUGAAUUCUUGUACGCUUUAUAUGAAUCUGAAUUUUGUAUGGAUUUCAAUUAAUGUGCAUGGAGCUUAUUUGGCUGCUAUUAUUGUAUUAAAUUGCAAAGCAACAACCAGCAAACAUUCCAGUUUGAAACUAUAUUGUGGGUUAUUAAGGCCAACAACAUGUUUCGAGUAUUGCUAGCAAGAUUACACUCUGCAUGAAGUGUUAACUUCCUUAUGCCUUUAAAAUAUUUGGCAGUUAAUCAUCUAUUUUCUGUAAAUGAACCUUGCACUACAGGUUAUAAUUAUAUAAUAAACAUUACCUACUUUAUUCUUUUGCAUG